AUGGCAGAAGUAGACUCCCAGGAUAGGUGGAGCAAGGUGGCUCUUGGCAGCAUGAUUCAUGAUACCCAGAUGUUGAACAUGAACUUGGAGAGUGAAGAUGAGGAUGGUAGGGAGGGUGGCUUCCUCGUAACUCAGACCAAAACUGACUUGCCAUGUGACACCCAGUCCUGCAAAGAAGAAGAGAAAUGGUCUGUGCCCUUCAGUGCUGGACUCAGGGAGAAGAAAGCUGGGGUGAUGCCUGGAAAGACCAACAGCUGGGGGAAAAAGGCAUGCAAGAUCACCCUGACCCAAGCCUCCCCGGGAUUAGAGGAGGCUCUCACUGCCCGCUCCCGAGGCUCCUUAUACAAGGCUGUAGCUCAAAGACAGGCUCCCAGGGACUCUGUGCGCAAUGAUGGGGGCAAGAGGGCAAACAAGGAUACAGUCCCGGAUGUCCCGAGCAGCCUCUUAGACAGUAGAGGGUCUUUUGUAGCACAGAACAGUGCAGAGGCAUUCUCCGUAGACAAGAACUCUCAGGAAUAUUUUCCCAGGUCUGAGAGCACCCCAGCGCCGACUUCAGGCACUCCUGCCAGCCUGGCAUCAGCGUUGGCAAAAGCACAAGGCAGUAGAAAACUCCAGGGCCAAGUGGGCCCAGGAGUCAGCGGGCAGGAAAAGGAGGGUCCCGAUAGGUGUGUACAGGGCAGGCGGGCCUUUCAGAAGUCCAGCAAACUUCAGGGCCCCGCGAAACACAGUGGUACCAAGCCCUAUAUUUGCCAACUGUGUGGGAAGGCCUACUCUCAUCGCAGUACGCUCCAGCAGCACCGGCGCCUGCACACAGGCGAGCGGCCAUACCAGUGCCCCUUCUGUGACAAAGCAUAUACUUGGUCCUCUGAUCACCGCAAGCACAUCCGCACCCACACCGGUGAGAAACCCUACGGGUGCCCGGACUGCGGGAGGGCCUUUGUGCGCUCCUCUGAUCUGCGCAAGCACCAGCGCAACAUGCACAGCAACGACAAGCCCUUCCCGUGUGCCCAGUGCGGUUUGACUUUCAACAGGCCUCUGUCGCUGCUGCGCCACCAGCGCACGCACCUGGGCGCCAAGCCUUUUCGCUGCUCCUCCUGCGGCAGGGAGUUCUCGGUGGCCAGCCGCAUGGUGGAGCAUCAGCGCGUGCACUCUGGCGAGCGGCCCUUCCCCUGCUCCACCUGCGGCAAGUGCUUCACCAAAUCUUCCAAUCUGCACGAACACCAGACGCUGCACACCGGCCAGAGGCCCUUCAAGUGCGCCGACUGCGGUGUGGCCUUUGCGCAGCCCUCGCGCCUGCUACGCCACCAGCGCAUUCACACGGGCGAGAGACCCUUUCAUUGCAUAGAAUGCGGCCAGGCCUUCGCCCGCUCCUCCACCCUAAAGCGGCACCAACAGAUUCACUCUGGGGACAGGGACUUCAUCUGUGAGGAGUGCGGCAGGGCCUUCUGCUUCGCGUCGGAGUUGGCUCAGCACAUCCGGUUGCACAGUGGGGAGAGGGCCUACCGGUGUGAGGGCUGCAGCCAGGCCUUCACCUGCUCCAACCACCUCCAAAGGCACCAAGCCAAGCAUGACACCUGCAAGAAGGAGCCUGUCGCCUUCUCCUCCGAUGAGUGACAGCACCAUUGGCUUGCUGCUAAAGGAAGCUAAGACUUCACAUUUUAUUCUACCCUCAAAGCUGUACUGCCAGCCAGGCCUCAGUAGUCACGCCCUCCCCACUCCUUGGUUUCUGGCCACGGGGUGGUCCAUGUACUUUGUGUAUUUGAUGUGUUGUGAGACAAAAUAACGUCUAGGAUAGUGUCCAGGUGUGCAGUGUCACACCGGUCUCCCGCUGCACAGAGGCCAUGAGCAGUUGGAAAAGGGUAAGUAAGAUAUGGGCU